AUGGAUGAUCACGGUCUGGCCGACCAACUGGCGCUGCUUCGGUUGACGGACGCGGAAGAUCUGAAAGAAACCCUACGAGCCCGCCAGCGCGAAAGCCCAUACGCAGAAUGGAAGAACCUGGCGUUCCAAGCCACCACCGACGAAACACCGAUGGAGGGAUCGAACGAAGUCAUGGCUGAGCCGUUGGUCUACAAACCGCAGUACCAUGCACCGACAGAGAUCUUGAAGAAGAAGCCGAAACCGCGGAAGCUGAUGUUGAUCCAACCAUCACCCUGCGUGGGGACGAAGAUCGAAGAACCGGAGACAGGAGGCGGUGAACAACUAAAACCUGAACCGGAUGAUGCAGAUCACAUCGCCACAGAAGACAUGAGAGUAGGCCAGGAAGGGAUCGCACCGAGGGACCAGGCGGAUAAACCAGCUCAGAAGACCGGACCACCCGAAGCGCUGGUGAAGCCGGACAGGGAAGUCGACGACGACAUGGAUGUCGCCGUAUGUAAUCACGAGGGAGGAGACAUCUUCCCGGAAGACAUCGAAAACCACAUGGCGGUAUUGCAGGAAGCCACCAUGGGAGAAGUCAUGAUUGAAGAUAUCUGGGUGGAAAAUCCCGACGUGACGCCGGAAGAGUGCGAACGGCUACGUUGCAUCAUAGGGAAGGGGCGUCACCUCUUCAUCGAAGAUGGAAACGCACUGCCCCCCCCCGCUGCACAUGGAGCAAUCUGCGAUAUUGACGUCGGGAACGCGAAACCGGUAGCACAACGUUGCCGAAGAGUACCUCCACAGUUCCGUGAGAAGUUAUCCAUGCUCAUCAAGGGACUGCUGUCGGCGACGAUCAUCGCUCCAUCAAUCUCACCUUGGGCGUCACCAAUAGUGGACAUCAUCAAGGCCAACGGCGUGGAUAUCCGCCUCUGCAUCGAUUACCACGUGGGGCGAGUCGUGUUCUGUGGUGACUCCAACUUGGUGAUCCGCCCGAUGAUAGGCGAGAUCGACUAUUGGAACCAAAGUGCCGGCAAGCUCACCAGUGCCGCGUUGCAGCGUGAAGAAGGCGAGAUCGUGACAGCAGAGGGAGAACGGCAGGACUUGAUCACGCUGAACAGAUUGCACGAAAUGUUGCAACCAAUUCAGCAGAUCAAGCAAGCACAAGACGAGGAGAAGUGGAUCGUAGAUCUAAUGGCGUACCUGAAGGGUGACCAGAACGGUCUAUCGAAGGAAGAUGCGAAGACGUGCUCGAAGACCGCCGCAACGUAUGAAGUAGACGAAGACGAACUGUUGUUUUAUUGCCCGAGGGCCUUGACACAAGACGAAGCUCGCGACGAUGUCGUCACACUGGUCAUAUCCAUGGACAUGGACCACAUUCCGUCGCUACCGAAAUUCUAUAAAGGGAAGACGGAGUUACUGAUCUGGGCUGACCUGUUCACCGGAUACGUGAUGACCAAGGGUGAAUCAUUGCGGGGAGCCCAAGCGGUGGCGAAAACUACGAGAAGUGUGUCUUCAGGCGGUUCGGCCCAAGUGAAGUACUCAGGCACGAUCGGGAACCGGGAUUCAUGGAAGAUUUUUUUCCGCGGGUUUAAUCCGAUUGUGAAAGCGCUGAGGAUGUAUGUCUCCGACGUCAAUCAACAGGACUGGGAUGACUACGCCGAACAUUUGACGUUUGCCCUCAACACGGCGCAAGAUCGGGUGCAGAAGGACACCUCCUUUUAUCGGGUGCAUGGGUGGGACGCAAGAUCAACGCUGGAGGCGACGCUCCUUAUCGGAUCCACAAGGCGGAAAGACAGCGACGCCCACCGGUGGAGCACGGUAGAGACUAGUGAGACAGAAUACCGCAUUUUCCAUGUGGUGCACCUGUCGAAGUUGAAGCUCGUGAAGGCGAUCCCCGACCGCCCAACAUACACACUGCUGGCCGAGGAAGGAGGCCGAGUCGACUUCGAUGAAGCUCUACUUCCGGAGGACAUCUGGAAGACGCCUUUGGACGAAGCCGAAUUCGGGGUGGAACGGAUCGCCGACGUGAGAUCUGGACUCCGCUAUCCCGAACCCACGUGGGUGGACGAGGCUGACCUCAACUGUGGGGCGCUCUUGGCUGAGUUUGAACGAACUCAAACGAACCGUAGUCGGUUCAACGUCAUGCAGUCGCACAAAGAGGCGUCGGACAACCUUUAA